UAAAUCGAAAAGUUGUUUUUAUUUUAUUGACAUAAAAAUCGUAACUAGUUAUUGAAAAUGAAUAAACUGCCUCCAAAACCCAAGCCAGUAAAAUCUUUAACGAAAAAUGAUUUUAUGAAAAUGGAUAAAAACGAAUUAAUUGACAAAAUUAUGCAGUUAAAAGUACAUAAUACUCAAUUGAAAAACGUAAUAAGCAAAUCUUUGUCAGACACUAACAGUGUUGAAGAACAAAUAAGCAGUAAGAAGUUUGAUUUCAGUAAAUGCCACUAUCGCCGAGUACUACUGAGGAUAAUGUACUUCGGGUGGGACUACCGGGGUCUAGCUGUGCAGGAAGAUUCUACCCAAACAAUUGAACAUCACCUGUUCUAUGCUUUAACUAAAUCGUGCUUGAUAGAGAGCCGGGAGACCUCGCAGUACCACCGCUGUGGACGCACCGAUAAGGGAGUGAGUGCCUUUGGGCAAAUAAUAUCAAUAACACUCAGAAGUAAAUUUGAACCCUCAGAGCAAGAUCUUGAAAAAUCUUUAAAUACUGAGAUGCCAUAUUGUAAAAUACUAAACCGUUUGCUGCCCAAAGAGAUCAGAGUGGUAGCUUGGAUGCCUAUCCCACAGGAUAAACCAGAGUUUAGUGCAAGGUUUGACUGUAAGAAGCGGCAGUACAAGUACUACUUCCCGCGCUCGGCACUGAACAUCGCCGCGAUGCGAGACGCGUGCGCGCAGCUGGUGGGCUCGCACGACUUCCGACAUCUUUGCAAGAUGGACGUCGGCAAUGGCGUCACGGAGUUUAGGCGGGAAAUACUGCGCGCGGAUAUACUGCCGGUGGACGAGGAUUCCGAUGAUUCUACAUGUAUGUAUAUGCUUUUGAUAGAAGGCAACGCGUUUCUCUGGCACCAGAUCAGAUGUAUAAUGGGUGUAUUGCUACUUGUUGGAGAAGGGCGCGAGUCGCCAAAAGUUGUAGCAGACCUCCUGGAUAUUGACACAUACCCUUGCAAGCCACAGUACAACAUGGCGCUAGACGUCCCCCUCAACCUGUUCCACUGCUCGUACGAUCUGCCCGAGCGCUGGGUUCACGACCGAGCAGAACUGCGCAGCGUCAUAGCGCAUGUGCAGGCGCAGUGGACGCUCGUCGGUAUCAAGGCUAUCAUGAUGAAAGACACACUCAAACAACUACAGGAUGUGUACAAGAAUUUGCCCCGUGAGGACUGCCAGAACGAAACAAAAGAUAAUAACAGUACAAAAGAAGGGGGCAGCAUAAAUACGUACACUGACUGCUUGCUACAAGGAGUAAAGCCAAGGGUCUACACGCCACUGCUGAAAAGAGAGACUUGCUCAAGCUUAGAGGACCGAAUAGAAUAUUAUAAGAAGAAACGAAAAAUAGGAGACAGCGAAAACCAAUGAAAAUAAAGAAAUUUCUUUUUUUUUAAA